CUCCAUUUUCACCUGGACGAGCAGAAGGAAGGAAAGUGAGCAGAUAAACAUUGAAACUGGUGUGAAAGAUCAUUUCACUGUGUUCUGCUGUAAACUGAGCGCAGAACCAGAAGAAAUAGACCAGACCUUGAAUAUCUAGAAGAGCAGCGUGGCCUGAACCACAACUGAGCCGCAGCCGGUGCAACAUGGACGAGGACACUUCAGAGCAAGUUGGACCCUCAACCACAAAAGGUCAGGACCACAGACUGAGAGCAGAGUCUCCAGGGUCCAGCUGUCUGUCUCUGAAGAGUGACUGGUCCAUGCAUCAUCCUGACAACUUCAGUAAUGAACCUGGACCCUCACACACAGAGGAGAGGAAGAGGAGUCAUGUUUCUGAGGAGGAGCAGUCGUCCUGCUGUGCUUCGUGUCAGGACGUCCUGAAGGAUCCAGUCUCCACCAGCUGUGGACACUGGUUCUGCAGACAGUGCAUCACCUCAUACUGGGACCAGUCUGGUUCUUCAGGAGACUCCUUAUGUCCCCAGUGUGGACAAAGAUCCAGAACAGGAGCUGGAGGUCAGACAGCCGGUCAGAGCAGCACUGUACAUGUGUCUGCUGAUGUCUUCACUUCUGACAACAGCACAUAUCGUGGUCUGCAGGAGGUUUCAGAUGAACAUAAGCUCAGUGUGAGGAGGAGAUGUGAACAUGUGACUGAAGGAAGUGAUGAAACAGGAAGUAGAACCCUCCUCAACAGGAUCUACACUGAGCUCUACAUCACAGAGGGACAGAGUGAAGAGGUUAAUACUCAACAUGAGGUGAGGCAGCUUGAGACGGCUUCCAAGAAGAAGAUCCUCCAGGACACUCCCAUCAAGGUCCAGGACAUCUUUAAAGCCUCCACUGACCAGCAGAGCAGCAUCAGAGUCGUCCUGACCAACGGAGUCGCUGGCGUUGGAAAAACCUUCUCGGUGCAGAAGUUCACUCUGGACUGGGCAGAGGGUUCAGAGAACCAGGAUGUGGGUCUGCUGGCUGUGCUUUCGUUCAGGGAGCUGAACCUGGUGAAGGACCAGCAGCACAGUCUUCUCACGCUGCUCCAUGUUUUCCAUCCAGCGUUACAGAAGCUCACGGCAGAGACGCUCGCUGUCUGUAAACCUUUGUUCAUCUUUGACGGCCUGGAUGAAAGCAGACCUUCUCUGGACUUCAACCACAGGGAGCUUGUGUCUGAGGUCACACAGAGGUCAUCAGUCAACGUGCUGCUGACAAACCUCAUCCGGGGGAAUCUGCUUCCCUCGGCUCUCGUCUGGAUAACCUCCAGACCUGCGGCGGCCAAUCAGAUCCCUCCUACAUGUGUUGACAGGGUCACAGAAGUACGAGGCUUCACUGACGCCCAGAAGGAGGAGUACUUCAGGAGGAGAUUCAGUGAUGAAGAGCUGUGCAGCAGAAUCAUCUCACACAUCAAGACGUCCAGGAGCCUCCACAUCAUGUGUCAAAUCCCAGUCUUCUGCUGGAUCAGUGCUACAGUUCUGGAGCACAUGUUGACCACAGACCAGAGAGGAGAGCUGCCCAAGACCCUGACUGACCUUUACUCACACUUCCUGCUGGUUCAGACAAAGAGGAAGAACAACAAGUACGGUGAGGGACAUGAGACGACUCCACAGCAGCUGACGGAGGCUGACAGGGACGUUCUCCUGAAGCUGAGGAGGCUGGCACUUAAACAUCUGGAGGAAGGAAACAUCAUGUUCUACCAAGAAGACCUGGAGCGGUGUGGUCUUAAUGUCACAGAGGCCUCGGUGUACUCAGGAGUUUGUACUGAGAUCUUCAGAAGAGAGUGUGAGAUCUUCCAGAAAUCAGUCUACUGCUUUGUUCAUCUGAGCGUUCAGGAGUUUCUGGCUGCAGUCUACAUGUUCCACUGUUACACCGAGAGGAACACAGAAGAACUCAACAACUUCUUGGGAACAUAUGGGAACACAGACACCUUCUCCCUGGAUGACCUCCUGAAGAGAACCAUGGAGAAAUCCCUCACCAGAACAAAUGGUCAUCUGGACCUGUUUGUUCGCUUCCUUCACGGCCUCAGUCUGAAGUCCAACCAGAGAGUCUUAAGAUGGCUGCUGGGUCGGACAGGGAACAAUCCAGAUAUCAUCCAGAGAGUCUCUGGAUGGCUGCUGGGUCGGACAGGGAACAAUCCAGAUAUCAUCCAGAGAGUCUUAGGAGGCCUGCUGGGUCGGACAGGGAACAAUCCAGAGAUCAUCCACAGAGUCAUCAACAACCUGAAGGAGAUGAGGAGUGAUGACAUUUCUCCUGACAGAAGCAUCAACAUCUUCCACUGUCUGACUGAGAUGAACGACCACUCAGUUCAUCAGCAGAUGAAACAGUUCCUGAAGUCAGAGAACAGAUCAGAGGAGAAACUCUCUGAGAUCCACUGCUCAGCUCUGGCCUACAUGCUGCAGAUGUCAGAGGAGGUUCUGGAUGAGUUGAACCUGAAGAAGUUCAACACAUCAGACCAGGGUCGACGGAGACUGAUCCCAGCUGUGAGGAACUGCAGGAAGGCUCGACUUGGUCAUUGUGGACUCUCAAAGACUCACUGUGAAGUCGUGGCCUCAGCUCUGAAGUCAGACCCCUCACAUCUGAGAGAACUGAAUCUGAGUGACAACAAGCUGCAGGACUCAGGAGUGAAGCUGCUGUGUUCUGGACUGGAGAGUCCAAACUGUCGACUGGAGACUCUGAGGUUGUUGAACUGCAGUCUGACAGAGAUCAGCUGUUCUUCUCUGGCUUCAGCUCUGAGGUCAAACCCCUCUCAUCUGAGAGAACUGGAUCUGAGGAACAACAACCUGAAGAUCUCAGGAGUGAAGGAGCUUCUUGAUCUACAGCAGAGUCCAACCUGUCGACUGAAGUAUCUGAGGUGGUGGUCUUAGUGGAGGUGAGUGUGAAGAGGACAGUGUGUGUGGACGGAGGCUGAGCUGUGUCCUGAGGAUCCAGAGGCUGAAGCAGCAGCAGCUUGUGUGUAGUCUCCAAUCUACACAACCCCUAAUCUGCAUGUGUUUGUGAGAUGAAGCCGGAGCACCUGGAGAAAACACGGGGAGAACAUGCAGACUCCACACAGGAAGACCCCAUCUGAACCGGAUUCAAACCAGCAACCUUCCUGCCCCGAUUGUGUUUAUUCAAAUGAAGAAUGUGUUUAUUGAAAUGACACAACACAAGCAGAAUAUAUAAACCCUCUAUAAAGAGUCACAUACAGUGUGUUUAAGUUUGUCUUUAUUAUUGUCCACCUUUGUCCCUCAGUGUGUCUCCAUGUGUGUAGAACCACAUUCUGUGUAUAUGUUUGUUUAUGAUCUUAAAGUUCCUGGAUUCACGUCACAAAUUGAUUUAGUUCAACACAAAGUUAAACACAUUGAAAUCACUUUGAGUUUAAAAUCAGAGUUUUGUCUUUGACACAAAAGAUCAAAACUCUGGACUUAAAAAUGGGACGUUUUCAUUUCUGCAUCAGGUGCAGAGCGGUGGUGGCUUUUCUACUUUUGACCCACAGGUGGCGCUGCAGUAUAACAGCAGCACAUCCCAGUCAAAGCCUUUAUAUUCAGUCUAUGAGUCAAACACAUGGAUCAUUUCCUCUGUGACAAACCAGAUGUAACGAGAAGAAAAACAUCUCAGAGAGAAAAGUUCUGUUUCUACUUGUCUCUGCUUUAAUGCUCAAUAAACAUCCUUCCACCGA